AGGCGUGUGAGGGGUGUAGGACGGUGGUGCGGCCGAGGUGUGCGAGUGUGAGGUGUGAGGAUUGUGGGGUGGGGUGAUGUGCCAGGUGCGUCGGGGAGGGGGUGGGGAUGGCGGGAUGGGAGGAUGGGAGUCCGGGGAGGUUUGUUUGGGUGAGGGGGGAGGAGGUAGGUGGAGGAAGUUUAUUGGAUGGGGUGUUGACGCCUGGGGAGGGGACUAGGAGUGCAAGUGAGGAGAGGCGGACCGGGGAUAAUACCGUGGCGGCGUGGAGCGCGCUGGCUUUGACGGGAGACGGCGCGAGGGAGAAGAAGGUUAGGGUGAGGAAGUGGCAGAGUUGUAAACCGUGGAGGGGUUCGAGGUGUGCGAUUUACCAUGAACAUAAAGAGACGGAGAGGUGUGGGGACAUUUUCAUGGGUCGUUGACUGUAUGAACUCUGGAUGUGAUAGGCAUUCCCGUGGGCAGGAAUGGACUAGUUGAGCAUACGAACAGAUUCCGGUUAAGUUGCUUCCACGUGGUUGGCAAAUAUUCACGAAGUUACAGAC